AUGAAGAAGUUGCAGGAAUCUGUUGCAGUUAAAAUUGCCUCAGAGUUCGGUGACCUUUCUCUGAAGAAUCAUGUCCAGAUCAUCCAUUUUAAUGGAAAUGUCUUCUGCUACGAGGGACGACCUUGUAACUAUUCAGCCCUGUUGAUUGCAUUCAUUGGACAUCAGCUACACAACUAUCAUUACUUGAAGACGAAAUGCGCCUCGAAUAUUGACGAUGUCGACAAAACCCUAGAAUAUUGUAUCUAUUGUCGACUUGAUACGGUUAAUUGUUUGCGGUGGCGUAUGAUUGCAGUUCUAUUUGCUAACGGGUUAGUGUUAAAAUGGAAGGAAAGUUUUCCAAACUGUGCCUAUGUCUCCAACGACAGAAUUCCGAAGGAGAUUGUGAUAUGA